CCUCGACCUGCAACUGCUCAUGGUUCGGUUACGCACGUGAGUAGUGACUCUCUUGCCCGCUCCACAAUUCAUGCAAUGAAGACACGAGUCGCACGCCUCUGGACAGAGCAGCUCCUUUUCGGGCCUGUCUCGCGCGGUUUGGGCACCCGCCCAGCGACGCCGUUCCUGCGCUCCUUCUUUACGGCAACUCACGCGGGAGCACGUCCAAAAGCCGUCCAGUCGACCCUCCGCCAGACUGGCCUCCUAUACUGGCGAUAUCAGCGGUCUGCCCUGGGCCGCCGCUUCCGGUCCUGGCGUGUCAAGAAAGACCUUCCACCGCCCCAGCGCCCCGAUCCAACGCCACACCUGGGCAGCCCUGAACCGGCACUUUCGCUGUCACAGCGUCUGAAGGCCCUCUCUCGUGAGUAUGGCUGGACCGCGGUAGGCGUGUACUUUGGCCUGUCACUGCUCGACUUCCCCUUUUGCUUUCUGGCUGUACGCCUGCUGGGUACCGACCGGAUUGGCCACUAUGAGGAUGUAAUCAAGAACGCCUUCUGGAGCAUAGUACGAAUGGCGUUUCCAGAUGCGGGGAAGAAGGCACAGGAUGCCAUACCAGAGGAUGUUGCAGAAGCGACCGCAAGAGAAGGGAACAUUGGAGCAGCCGAAGUCGCAAUCAGAAGCGGAGCAGAUGCCUCAAUUUGGACCCAGCUCGGCCUCGCAUACAUUGUCCACAAGUCCUUCAUCUUCGUCCGGGUACCACUCACCGCAGCCGUCCUCCCCAAGGUCGUGAAGACACUCCGGUCCUGGGGCUACAACAUUGGCAAGAAGAAGCCCAAGAAGACAUGAUCUCUUGCUUCGUGCACGGCAGACCUCAUGCUCUGCUGUCUGUUCCAUUCCUCUCGCCGUUGCAUAAAUAAAUAGCACGUCGUGCUUACUCACAGCAAGCCAUGCAUUACGACAAUGUACCACUACUCACCUGUAUAAAUAAACAUGUAAGAUCAAGCAUCUAGUACUCCUAUGCAGACGCGAACAA